AUGGCGCCUUUAGUGACCUUGUUGAGCGGCCUUGCCUUGGCAAGCUCGGUUGUUGCUCUCCCGCAAUCUGCCACUGAGACGGACAUUCUGGUCGAAUCUCAGAUCCUGAACAGCCCCUACCAAUAUGAUUUCCCUCGCCUGGGAGCCCCAGGGGCUUCCCAAUUCCCCAUGCGCCGUUGCCAGGGCUUCAAGCUGGAAGAGGCCACUGUUGACCAAAUCCAAGAGCGCUUGGCAAAUGGUACCUUCACUACCGUUGAGUUGCUGGCGUGUUACCUCGACCGCAUUCACCAGACUCAACCUUAUCUGAAUGCCAUCUUGCAGCUGAACCCCGAUGCUUUCUCCAUCGCCCAAAAGCUGGACGCUGAGCGCUCCAUGGGUAAGGUUCGUGGUCCCCUCCACGGAAUUCCUUUCAUUGUCAAGGACAAUAUCGCCAGUAAGGACCGCAUGGAGACCACAGCUGGAUCCUGGGCUCUGCUUGGUAACGUGGUGCCUCGCGAUUCUUAUGUUGUCAACGGUCUGCGUAAGGCCGGCGCUCUCCUUUUGGGCAAGGGUGCCCUUUCCGAAUGGGCUGACAUGCGCUCCAACAACUACUCCGAAGGCUUCACUGCCCGCGGUGGUCAAUGCCGUAGUGCUUACAACUUCACCGUCAACCCCGGUGGUAGCAGCACUGGCCCUGGUGUUGCGGUUGGUGCCAACCUGGUUCCAAUUGCCCUUGGAACAGAGACCGAUGGCAGUGUCAUCAACCCUGCGCAAAGAAACGCCAUUGUCGGCAUCAAGCCCACUGUUGGUCUGACUUCCCGUGCCGGUGUCAUUCCCGAGUCCGCGCACCAGGACACUAUCGGUACCUUCGCACAGACUGUUCGUGAUGCUGUCUACACCCUCGAUGCAAUCUAUGGUGUUGAUACCCGCGACAACUACACCCUUGCUCAGGAGGGUCUCACCCCCAAGGGAGGUUACACUCAGUUUUUGAGCAAGAAGGAUGCCCUCAAGGGUGCCGUUUUCGGUCUGCCCUGGGAGUCCUUCUGGGCAUUCAACACCGCCGAGCAGAACGCCCAGCUUCUGGAGCUCAUCGAGCUGAUCAAGUCUGCCGGUGCUACUAUCAUCAACGGCACCGAGUUGCCCCACUACAAGCAAAUUGUCUCCCCCGACGGCUGGAACUGGGAUUACGGCUCCACCCGCGGCUUUGCCAACGAGUCCGAGUACUCCUACAUCAAGGUCGAUUUCUACAACAACCUGCGCGACUACCUGUCCGAGGUCAACAACACCAACGUGCGCACCGUCGAGGACCUCGUCCAGUAUAACAUCGACAACUACGGCUCCGAAGGUGGCUUGCCCGGUAUCCACCCCGCUUUCGGCUCUGGCCAGGACGGUCUGCUCGCCUCCCUGGAGAGCAAGGGUGUCAUGGACGAGACCUACUUCCAGGCUUUGGCGUUCUGCCAUCGCACCACCCGUGAGGAGGGUAUUGAUGCUGCCUUGAACCACAACGGUACCAAGCUGGACGGUCUUCUCGUUCCCCCCGAUGUGGCCCAGAGCAUUCAGAUCGCCGCUCAGGCUGGUUACCCCGUCAUCACCCUGCCUGCCGGUACCGACAGCGAGUCAGGAAUGCCCUUCGGACUUGCUUUGAUGAACACCGCGUUCUCUGAACCUACUCUGAUCAAGUAUGCCAGUGCCAUCGAGGACCUGAAGAGCCAGUCCGGCCCCAAGUGGGAGCGCGCCCUCCCCCAGUGGAGAGGCUACCUUGAGCGCAACUUGCCUGUUAUCAUGUAA